AUGGCAACCCCAUCAAUCAACAUUAACGCAACCCGCCUCAACCGCACCUUGGCCGAGCUGGGGCGCAUGGGGGAGACGUCAGGCCAUGGUUUGAGAGCGAGAGGGAGAGUUGAUGCGCUGUGGCCUAUUCGCCGUGUAGGGUCGGAAGGGAAAAUAUGCGCAGAGAAUACUGAGCGGGAAUAUGCCAUCAGCCUGAUGCGCCAGGCCGGUCUGGAAACCCGAAUCGAUCCGGCCGGGAACAUCAUCGGCCGCAAGCCGGGAUCAAACCCCAAUCUGCCGGCCAUUGCCCUGGGCUCUCACACCGACACGGUGCCCAACGGGGGCAAGUACGACGGCGCCCUGGGCGUCCUCGGAGCCAUAGAGGUUGCCCAGACGCUGGCUGAAAACUCUCGCACCCUGCGGCACCCCUUGGAAGUGAUAGUCUUCACCAACGAGGAAGGGACUCGGUUCCACCGCUGGCUCCUGGGCAGCAGGGCCAUGGCCGGCCUGCUGGAACCGGAGGACUACACUGCUGUUGACGACGAAGGUGUUUCUCUGGAGCGGCGGCUUGUCGACAUCGGAGGAGACCUGUCCCGAAUCGACCGGGCCCGGCGCCAUCGUGGCGAACUGGCCGCCUAUUUCGAGCUGCACAUCGAACAGGGCCCCACGUUGCACCAGACCGGUACUCCCUUGGGUGCCGUUACUGGCAUUACAGGGCGGUAUGUUUUCAGGGUCGAGGUGCAGGGCAAGGCUAACCAUGCCGGCACCACGCCCAUGGCAAGUCGCCACGACGCCCUGGCCGCCGCGUCCCACAUUGUGCUGGCAACUCAGCGGCUCGCCUCGGAGGCGGAAAUUUGCCGGGUGGCCACGGUGGGCAAUAUCAAGGCAAUCCCCAACGCGGUUAACGUCGUGCCCGGGGAGAUGUAA